UUUGUUUUUGUGUGUGCAUGUUGGCUGGCUCGUAACCGGUCGUGGGUCGAGAAGAGGUUAUGGACGUGUACAAGUUGUGCUGUUUAUUUUGAUAAGAAAUUUCCCCCAAGGAAAGCCCUUUGCCUGCAUUUUAACUAUGCGUGGAAAUCGUGCAAAUCGUCGAGCCAGAGGGAGAGGACGAGGUCGAGGUGGCAGGGGACGAAGCAGAAACAAGAAGGCAACGAAGACUAUUGAAAGUGAUGAAGAAGAUAUGCCAGUGCCGUCAGGAGAGGAAAUGGAAGAAGUUGAUGAGCAGCCUGUGAAGAAACAAGUACCAGGACCUGGGCCUGGGCCUGGGCAAGGUCAAGAACAGCAACGCUCUACUGUGGACAUGGAAGCUGAUAUAUCUCUGUUAGAGCCACCUACUUUUACUACUCUUAAUAGAGGACCACCAGAACCAAUGCUUCGUCUUAACUGGGAUCAUCGAGUUAAUCUUGUAGGAGAAAAAGUACUCAAUCCAAUGAUUCACUGUUGUGAUCAAUGUAACAAACCUAUUCUUAUCUAUGGACGGAUGAUUCCUUGUAAACAUGUAUUUUGUCUGAAAUGUGCUAAACAUGAGGAGAAAAUUUGCCCUCGUUGUAAUGACAAGGUCCAUCGUGUGGAACAAGUAGGACUUGGAACUGUUUUCAUGUGUGUUCAUGGUGGCUCAAGGUAUGGAGUUGUGGGUUGCCGACGCACAUACCUUUCUCAGAGGGACUUACAUGCCCAUAUUAACCAUCGGCACACAGUUCAAUCUUCAGACCUAAAUAAUUCCCAGUUCAAUUCUCAUUUGAAAGAAACAUCUGGUUUGGAAAAGCUUAUGACUGGAAGGUCUCCAAGCUCACAUCCUGUUCAUCAUUCUAUUUCUCACUCUGUAUCACAUCAAAGCUCUCACCCCUCUUCACAUGCUGUUUCUCACCCUUCUCAUCCCCCUCCUCAUCCUCCCCCCCAUACUGUCACUCAUUCCUCUCAUUCCCUGUCCCAUCCUCCAUCUCACUCCUUGUCCCAUUCUGUGCCUCACCCUAACCACUCUGUCUCGCACCCUCCACUUCACACAGUUCCUCACCCCUCAUCACAUUCCCACCCGCCUCCCCAUUCGCUUUCACACCCUCCUCCUCAUGCCAUGUCCCACUCUCACCCUGUGUCCCAUUCAUCUCAUUCAGUGCCGCAUUCUGCAGCACCACCCCAGUCCAGAGGGAAGUCUGAUUCCAGAGGCUCGGAUGUCAAUCAUCAUCGAAACCGAGGUGGCCCUUCUCCCCCACCUCCACCACCUCCUCCGUAUGCUCCCAUGCAACAUAGACCACCUAUGAUUGUUGCACCUCCUGGUUAUCCACAGUCAGCUCCACCGCCUACGCAGAACAGUAUGAGAACCAACCUUAUUACAGUACCAAUCCAGGAUGUGGAGAUGCCCCCAACUACUUAUCAUCAUCACUACAGCCAGCCUCCACCCACACAGUAUGCCCACUCUGGGUAUGCUGUGCCCCCUCACCAGCCCCCACCUAGCUAUUACCCUCCAGUGACUUACGCCACUGCUGUGCAACCACCUUAUGUCCCUCAAGCAGUGGCUCAAGGUGUUCCCCCAGGUGCAGUGUCUCAGGGAGUAGCUCCUGGUGUGCCUCCACCUGGCGUGCCUCCUCCCAGUAUGUCUGUUCGACCACCACAAUACCAUGAUAAUCAAUAUCGGACACCACCGCCAGUAGCUCAUGGACAACAGUGGCAAAUGAAUUCAAGUAACCCCCCACCUACAUAUUAUCGAUAAUAUUUUCUGCUGAGUCAUCUAAGAGAUGCUGUUACAUGAAGAGAGCUACUCGGUAUAGUUUUGAACUGCUACCAUGACAGAAUUAUGUGUACUUCAAAAUUACCGGGUAGACUAAUGAGUUUAAUAAUUUUGUGAGCAAACUUUAUUUGUACUUGAUGAAAUAUGUCCCGACUGGGGCAUUUGAUUUAUUAGUCCAAUCUGUACAAGUACUGUACUCAUGUAAGAAUGUUAAUUUUUCUUGACUGAUACCCAGAAAGAUAAGUUUUACUUUUCUCACUUUUGUACAAUGUUUAUUUGAUGUAUGUUUAUGGCUUAUUAUUUUCUGGGGUCUGUAUUAAAUAGUGUCUGACUUAGCGGCUGUGCAGGCCACAGCCUGUUAAAAUAGAAAUUUUUGUUUCUUUUGAUCCUUGUGUGUUAUGAUCAACUACUUAGUUCUCUUUCCUGUGUCUAAACCAGAGCUCUAUAUGGGUGUAUGUGCCGAUGUAGGGCUCUGGUUUUAAAUGUGGUUGUUGGAAGACCCCUUGAGGAAAGGGAUUUAAUGCUCAAGUCAUAUUUAUUGUUUACCAUUCUAUUAUCAAAAUGACCCACCCCAGGUAACAAGCAAAUAUAAUUUUUAUACCAUAUUUGCCCUGAAUAGGUGUAUAAGGUGCUUACUGAUGUAAAAUAUAAGAAUAUUAUUGAAAUGUUGUGCACAUUGUAAUUUUUUAACUCCAGUACCAAAUUAAUAUGUCAGUCCUGAUGAUGUAUUUGACUAUUAAACUGUUGGUUGUUGUCUUUAA